AUGGCAGCAAUGAGACCAAGUUUACAGUUAUUGGGAACAAGUAGCAGUAAAUGUUUUUUUUCAUAUCAUUAUAAUAUGAAAACAUUUCAAAUUGGAUAUCUCGGUAUAGGACCUUCACGAAUAUCUGGAGGCUUUCAUUUACGUUAUCCUACAUCAUCACCUAUUCAUAUUUCAAAAAUAACAGCUACUUUAAUUGGUCAAGAAUCGGUUACUUUCAUUUUUCAUGAUGAUGUACAAAAUAAAAAAAACAUUUUUUAUUCUCAAACACAAUGUAUUUAUAAUUCUUCUUCAUCAUCAAAUUAUACCCCAAUAACUUCACUUGAUUUAAAUUUUGAUUUUAAAUUGGAUGAUGAUAUUCCUCCUUCUUAUUCAUCAUCUUCACAAGUUAAUAAUAUUCCAUUUUCUCAAGAUAUAAUAAAAUAUAAAAUCGUAAUUACCAUAUUUCGUAAAUGUAAUAUAUUCAAAUUACAAGGAAAAAAUAAGAUCGUUUCAACAAUUUGUCAGAUUGAUCGUUAUAGUCUACCUUCUGUAAUAAAAUCAAGAAAUACCGGUGGAUUAUUAAUGUAUCGUACUGAUUCAAAUAAGGUAUCCCCUAAUUCAAAAUUGGAUUUGGUUCAAGCUGAAGCUUUAUUAACUUCUGAAUAUAUAGAUAUGAAUAGUAUAAUGGUUAUACCUCUUAGUUUAGAUUUACCUGAUUCAAUUAUGAAAAUUGAAAAAAUUUAUGUUGUUAUUAAGGAAUAUCAAACAUUUAAAGAAUUUGGAAGGGAUAAGGAAAUCGUUUAUUUUAAUGAUUCUCAAAAAAUUUUAGAUUAUACUUUAUUAGGUGAAGAAAUUGAGAUUACUAAAUUCAUUAAUAAUAAAUGUUUAAUUGAAUUAAAAUUGGAUAUACCAGCUUUUGAUUGUACCAAUAAUAAGUUUCAAGCUUUUGAAGGGGUUAGAAUUAUGAAAUAUUUUAAUGUUAGACACGUUUUAAAAAUUAAGAUUAAAUUUGAGAAUGAGGGUCAAUUAGUUUUAAAAAGGGAUGUUUGGUUACAAAGAUCUUUAAGUGAAAAGAAAAUUUUGAAAGGUAGAGAGAAUGGUUCUAUAUAUUAA